CAGAGUACAAACUGAUAGAAGAGGAGAGGAGAGAAAAAAAAAUCCCUGACUACACAGACAGAUCUCUGCCGCUGUGAGAAACCACCUGUAGCUCCGACUUCUACCUGUAACCUCCAAAGUCUUCUCAAAAUGGCCGUGAUGCUGAAGCCAUGGACAGUGCUGGUGGCCGUAGCGCUCUGUGUGCUGGUGUGUCUGGGAACACUGGCGGAUGCCUACCCGCCCAAACCUGAGAACCCCGGUGAAGAUGCCCCACCUGAAGAGCUGGCCAAGUACUACACUGCCCUGAGACACUACAUCAAUCUGAUCACAAGGCAGAGGUAUGGAAAGCGCUCAGCUCAGGAGGACAUGGUUGCAGAGCUGCUGUUUGGUGCCGACAACAACAGAGACCAGAGAUCAAGAUACGAUGAUUCCUACAUGUGGUGAGUCCAGCGCCCCCACUCCCUCCUCAUCCGGCAUUCCCUCUUGGAAGGGCCGACGUGUGCCUCUGACCUCCGACCCCUAAAUCUGACUCCAACCAAUGACCAUCACUGACCAGAAUACAAGCUCUCUCCGUCUCUCUUGUCUCUGUCUCAUAUCUCACUCAUCGCAGCAUAUUUAUACAUAAUUUAUUAUUGAAAUAAAAUAUAUAUAUGUGAGAUUAGCACUCCUAAUCAGAAGGUGGAACUGUGUCUGUAUGUGUGUGUGUGAGCAUUA